AGCAAAUUUACCUAUUUCGUCAUGCAGCCUAUCAGGCAUCUAUUCUACUCAUAGUCGUUUGAAGACAGUUCUGUUUUGAUCUCAAAUAUACCAUGUCAAUUCUAGUUCGGCCUGUAUCUGACGCCGACCUUGAUCAAGCAUGCAUAAUCGAAGAUGCAGCUUCUGCCGACAUUGACAUCAAUCUCAUCCUCUUCCCCGGACCAUCUCCUCCGGGAUCCCAGAGAAAGCGUGUCGAUAGUCUGAUACAGCUGCGAAAGGACGAUCCCACGGUAGUCUAUCUCCAAGCCAUUGACACCGCCUCAGGACGUAUGGUAGCCUUUGCGAGGUUCCACAUAUAUAAGACCCCAGAGGAAACUCAAGUCCCGAUUAGGAAAUUGAAGUCUGAACUCGAGACGAAUCAAAAGAUCAGGAACCUUGAAUCUGAUCCCGGCACAAAUGCGGAGGCCUGCAAGGUGUUUCUCUUAAUCGAAUGUUUGAGAGGAAACAGGAGAUGGUGGGAACUCGACCGCAUAUCUGUAUGGAGAAGACCCGAUAGUGUUUGCACAUCUACUGACGAAGGCAUAGAUCUGCAUAUGCUGCACACGGACCCUGAAUAUCAAGGUCGCGGGGCUGGUAGUGUGCUGAUGGAACAGAUCAAGCAGAGCUCAUAUGAGUUGGGUCUGCCGAUAUAUUUAGAGACUAGUACUAAAGCGCAUCGAUUGUACCUGAAGCAUGGGUUCAAAGAUUUGGAGGUAGUAGAGAUUGAUUUCAGGCCUCUGGGUGGCCCAAUAUACAAGCAGCCUUUAAUGAUGCUGGAAGUCUCUGAAUCACGAUAAGUAACAAGAUGUAAAAUAAAGUAGCCCAGUGCUGUAUUCUUACGAUUGGUAGCUCGGUAGAAUGCAUCAUAGAGGUUUGGAG